UGGGUUUUGGUUGCUUUGACCAGUGUUCGUCACCCUCCAUUCUCUUCAAUUUGUUUAGAAAAUAAAAUAGUAAUAAUUAUAUUAAUAUUUAGUAAUAACAUAGUUUUCCCAUCUUCUACAUGCUUUUUCAUUCUAAAAAAUCUCUGAACUUUGAACAGCUUUUUUAUUUCCCCAUGUAACUUUCUUGACUUCCAAACAGGAUUUCUGGGUUUUGUAUAUUCCUCCAUUUUUUUUUCAAGCUAACUUGCAUGACCUGCUUUACAAGAAGCGUAUGGGAUUUGCAUAUAUGAUGGGGUGUUUUACAGUUUUGAAAAGUAAGAAGAAAAAGUCCGAGCAGGUAGUUCUUGUAAAGCCGAUUGCUCGUAAGGAGCUUGUGCCCACAGCACUGCCUGAGCCCCAAGUUCAGACCCAGUCAUUGCUGUCGGCGCCCCCAAGUUUUAGAACCAGAGUGAAACUGAUUCAUCUUAAUAAUAAGACAACCUGUGAUAGGACGCAUGCAUUAUCUGCCCCAUCAAGCUUUGAUGCUGUCGAGCAAGAUGCACUGACAUUUGCUGAAUUCGUAGAACAGGAAGAGUUCAAAACUCAUGUUGGAUUAGUGAAGGAACCGAGGUCACCGAGUCCGCAACCUCUUCCACUUCCUUCUCCCCGUGGUACCGUGUUGAAGACAAUGGGAAGCUUUAAAUUAGCGAAUGCUAGUGUCCCUUUGGUUGCUUCCGGACCACUGCCCCUGCCUCCCUGUGGAACACUACGAAACUUUGGUUAUGAAGAAAUCGCUGCGGCUUGCCAUCAUUUUGCUUCUGAUAGAUGCAUAUCUGAGGGUCUUUCUUUUGUUAUGUAUAAGGCUUCUUUCGGAGAUGAUGCAUCGAGUUCAAAGAAGUUUGAAGCUACUGUUAUUCGCCUUAACUCGUCUACUCAGGGUUUAAGGGAGUUUAUCAACGAAGUAAACACUCUUGCAUUGUUGCAAAAUCCAAACCUCUGUAAAUUGCUUGGAUACCACGCACGUGAUAGUUCGGAACAAAGAAUGUUGGUCUACGAGAGGCUGUUUCAUGGAAGUUUAGAGCAGCUUUUAUACGGGAGGUCUGAUGGACCACCACUUGAUUGGAAUGCCCGAAUGAAAAUCGCUCUAUGUUCUGCACAGGGUCUUGCUUUCUUGCAUGAGGAAGGACCGUUUCUGGCAAUGUACAAUGAAUUUUCAACUGCCAAUAUACAAAUUGACAAAGAUUUCAGUGCAAAGCUAUCGGGAUACGGGUGUGUUGGUCAUAUACCCGAGACAGGAGGGAUUUCUGUUAAUGCAGUUGCUGUGGCAAAUCUUUCAGUCGAGACCUUGGAGAAAGGAUGGUUAACUCCGAAGAGCAACGUUUGGAGUUUCGGAAUUGUCUUACUGGAAUUACUUACUGGCCGGAAAAACCUCGAUAACCGUUAUCCUAAAGAAGAGAGGAACUUAGUGAAAUGGAGUCGGCCAUUCUUAGCUGAUGGUUGUAGAUUAUCACUCAUCAUGGAUCCUCAUCUUAAAGGUCGUUUUCCUAUGAAAGCUGCUCGCACUAUUGCUGACAUUGCACAAAGAUGUCUCCAAAAGGAUCCAUCCGAAAGACCGACAAUGAGAACCGUAGUUGAGAAUCUCAAAGUCGUCCAAGAUAUAAAAUAUUCGUGCUGGUUUCCGUUACAAGAGCCAGCGACAAUUGUCGGAAAACAACUGUCAAGGUCACCUAGUUUUAACGGGGUUAUUACUCCGGCACCUGGGUUAAGUUUCUUACCAUCGCCACCGUCAAGAACCGGACUAUUCAUUUCUCUGACAAGACCACCUACUUCGGUAUCGGCACUUCCGUCCCGAGCUUGUUCUUCUACACUUUCAUUACAAGAACUUGAAAGGCAAGAAGCUAGAAGAUCAGCAGCAACAACCAUUGGAAGGACUAGCGUGGAAGUGGAAGGAUUUUGAUUGUUUAUAAAUAUGGAUUUAUUUCAUUUGUUCCAUUUUUAAAAAAAAAAAUUAUUCAUUUCAAUCCAACAUAUACAAAAACUAUUUCAUUUAAAUUCUGUAUAUAAGAGUGAAAAUCUAAUCUGAAAAUGGAUCCAUU